GGGAUCAGGGGCAGGAGUGCGAUCCCACGUUGAAUCUUUUUUAAGUGCAUGAGGAGAGGGAGAGAGAGAGAAGCGAGGGGGCACGUUUGCUGGUGCUGCUGGGCUGGGAACUCCGCUUAAGCACGUGGCAGGCUUUUGCAGAGAGAGCACUCAGCAAAGAGUCGACUUGACCCUCCACCGCCUGCUAGAAAGUUGAAGUUUCUGCUUCUUCAGUUCUUUGCAGUGCCCCGACGUUGCCGCGCUCCCCCCCCCCCGCACGACAGAUCGCCCUUUGCCCGGUGCACACAAUGGGCUCUGAAGCCCCUCUCCGCUACCUCGCGGCGGGGCUGCUGCUGACGCUUUGCACCCGGGAGUCCCUGGGCGUCCCCACUUUCAGGAAGGAGAGGGGAGUUCACCCGGAGCCCGAGCUCAGCGAUCGGCAGCACGAAGACAACCAGAGCUUCCAGUACGACCACGAGGCCUUCCUGGGCAAAGAAGAAGCUAAAACUUUCGACCAGCUCACCCCAGAGGAGAGCAAAGAAAGGCUGGGGAAAAUUGUUAAUCGAAUUGAUGAUAACAAAGAUGGCUUCGUCACCACAGAGGAACUGAAAAACUGGAUUAAGCGAGUGCAGAAACGCUACAUCUUUGAAAAUGUGGCAAAAGUCUGGAAGGAUUAUGACCUCAACAAAGACAACAAAAUUUCUUGGGAAGAAUACAAACAAGCCACAUAUGGCUAUUACCUCGAAAACCCAGCUGAGUUUGAAGAUGCAACAGAGCAGCACAAUUUCAAAAAAAUGAUGCCCAGGGAUGAAAGAAGAUUCAAAAGAGCUGACCUGGAUGGUGAUUCCGAAGUCACUCGUGAGGAGUUCACAGCUUUCCUUCACCCAGAGGAAUUUGAGCAUAUGAAAGACAUUGUUGUUCUAGAAACCCUGGAGGACAUAGACAAAAAUGAGGAUGGAUUUGUGGAUCAAGAUGAAUACAUUGCUGAUAUGUUUGCGCAUGAAGAUGGUGGUCCAGAACCUGACUGGGUGAUAACUGAACGGGAGCAGUUUGCAGAUUUUCGAGAUCUCAACAAGGAUGGGAAGAUGGAUAAAGAGGAGAUACGACACUGGAUUCUCCCACAAGACUAUGAUCAUGCACAAGCCGAAGCCAGACACUUAGUAUAUGAGUCGGAUGUCGACAAGGACCACAUGUUAACCAAAGAAGAGAUUCUGGACAACUGGAAUAUGUUUGUUGGAAGCCAAGCAACAAAUUAUGGAGAAGACCUCACAAAAAACCAUGAUGAGCUAUGAUGUUUUUUGAAAAGCAAAUACACUAGAGACUUGGGUCAUGUUUUCGUGUAUAUAACCAAAGUAAUAGUGGCUAUUUUAGCAGAUUAUAUUUUUAAUAAGGCUAUUUUUAGCUUUGUUGAAUAUACAAUAGGUUUACCACUUUUUUAAUUGCACAUUUUUAUUAUACAUUUCAGUAUAAUUUUGGAGAUGCACUUUUCAGUUAUAGCUUUUGAUACACUUUCACCUCAGCCAUAAAUACUCAGACUUGGAAUUCUCGCUGACAUUGGUGAGACUUAGCUUGUAAAAUGUAGUAUGGAAGAUGAGUAGCCUCAUAGGAUACCCUUGUAUGUUGUUGACUCACACUGCAAGUGUGUGUGUGUGGCAGGUUGCUAAUGGUUCAGUGCUCCCUCAUAACACAUUAAAAAAUGUCAGGCUGCAAUUCUGUACACGUCUAGCUGGGAGUAACUCCUGUUAAACUCAGUGGGACUUCUGAGUAGACGUAUACAGAAUUGCACAAUAGGUAGGAUAGUCUUCCUGACAUGCUUGUUUCCUUUGAUAGAGGAGACUUUUUCAUAAGGACAGAAGAAGAACUGUACUGAAUCAGGCCAUCUGUUCCAGCAUCCUGUUCUUCCAGAGGCUAACCAGAUGCCUAUGGGAAGCCUUGAAGCAGGACCUAAAUGCAACAGCACUUUCCUCCCUUGGGAUUUCCAUGUGUUACAGAGUUUGGGCUUCCCAUCCAUUUCCAUGGCAGUGGUGGCUUUCACAUACCCUUGCAGAUGGAGAAGCCCUGGGUGGAGGGAACUAUAUGAAUGAUUGGAAGCUCCAGCCUUGGCUUAAAGACAUCGUCCUAAAUUAGAACCAAUAAAUCUCAUUGGCAUUUGAAAGACAGCAUUGCCACACGGUGUGAUGUUUCUGUUCAAACGGCAGAGCUGCUGCUUUCUACACUUUCCCUGUGUUUGGUAGAGUGAUCCACUUCAUAUUUAUGAAGUGGGUUUUGCCGAAUAUUAUGGGUAGAUAGCAGUCAUUUCACAGUGGAAAUGAAGACACACCGCAUUUCCAAACUGGGCCUUUUGUGAGCAUUCAUGAGCCUUUGGACUUUGUAUUGAAUUUCCAGAGAGGCUAUACAGCACAAGAGUCUGAGUUUGUUGUAUGUGUGUAUAUACAUAUGCAUUGCCACUUUAAGGAGGUUUUAUGCUAUCAGCUAAUAAAAGCUUUUAAUUUAGGGGCUUAGAGAGGAACUGUAUUUCAGAACGCAUAUGAGCUGUUGCAUAUGAUACAAUUGCAUUUUUGCCUGUAUUGACUUGAAGAUAUGAACGAUAAAAAAUAUUACAUCUUUUGGAUAAUAAAAGUCUUAAAGUGGGAAAGAAGAAGGGUUUCAUACAAAAUCUUAAAAUGCUAGUUUGCUCAUGUCCUGAUGAAAUUUUCCUGCCUGUGAUAUCAAGUGGGGAGGGAAACAUACAGCAUAAGAAUGUUAACAUGCAAUGUAAUUUAUAUAUCAAGGGGCAGGGUUUAUCUCUUGCUCAUCCCUGAGAGCUGUUUACUACUGCUGUGUAAGAGUAAUACUUUUCCCAUUUCUCCCCCCCCCCCAAUCUGCAGACUAGACUAAGAGUGCCUCUUUCAAAAAUGGCACAAAGCUGCAUUUUGUGAAAUGCAUUCUUAGUGACAUGAAGGUGAGAAGUGGAAUCGCUGCAAACACACUGCUCCCCCCCCCCCAGCUGCAAGAAACUCACAUUUUUUUCUGGGCAAUGGGUACAAUAAGGGGAUACACUCUGUGGAAGUGAGAAAGCUGAAGAUUACUAGCUAGGCAAACCAAUGGAUGGUUACCAAACCCAACCACAAUUUGUGGAAUCUUGCUGGGGAUCCUUAAUUUGGCUGUAGCUCCCUGAUGUAGGUCCCAUAUAUGUUUGGAGAUACUCAAAGCAACCGUAUAGAGUAGAAAGAGGGUUUUUAGAGAGGGCUCACUGACAGAUUCUUGUUUGAGCCUUAAGUAAGGUGAUGCUUACUUAAUUUUAGCAGUAAAAUCGCCUCAUGGAUUUAUUUACUAGAAGAAGAGUUUGGAUUUGAUAUCCCGCUUUAUCACUACCCUAAGGAGUCUCAAAGCGGCUAACAAUCUCCUUUCCCUUCCUCCCCCACAACAAACACUCUGUGAGGUGAGUGGGGCUGAGAGACUUCAGAGAAGUGUGACUGGCCCAAGGUCACCCACCAGCUGCAUGUGGAGGAGCGGAGAAGCAACCCCGGUUCACCAGAUUACAAGUCCACCACUCUUAACCACUACACCACACUGGCUCUAGACCAUUCUCUGCACAAUAGGUGUUAGGCCUGCUGGAGUUUUCCAUUGCCCUGGCCUACCAGAUCCCCAUGUGUUCAGCCCCCCCCCCUCAAAUGUGCAUGCCCCUGAAGAUUGGUGUAAGGAACUGCCACCAGAAGAUCCGAAAAAGGCAGUGGGGAAAAAAUCCAAUUAAUUUUGGAUUUUAAUCACUUCAGUAACACAUUGGAGCCUUGGUUAUAGUGUAAGGUGAUUUUUUUUAAAAGGGGUAAAUCAUAUUUCCUAAUUGGACUAACCUUGAAAUAUUUUGGUAAUCCAUAUUUAGGCACAAUCUGUUUCAACUGGAAACUAGCACUGGUGACCCACAAAGCAAUAAACAGGCAGGCAGCUGUUACUACUGCAUGCUUUCUGCAACUUCAGUAACAGUGAAUAUGUGCAGUGUACUAAAUUCUCCUUUCAAGCUCAAUGCACCGAGCAAGAGUAACUCUAAAAGAGACUAGGGCUCCUGGGUUUAAAUUUAACACUAUUUAAGGAAAGCAAACCUUUGCUAGGGGACAUAGCUGUUAACAUUGUGAUUUUUCAAGCAUUAGGGUUCUAAUGGGGUUUGACUGUUCCAGAGAUAACAUAUUUUUUUCUAGGUAACAUAUAUCAAGUCCGAUUACGAGCAAAAGCUACAAAAUUUUACUGUAAUGUGAAAUACUGUAAUGUCAGAUAGCAUUAUUUAUCUGCUUAAUAUGACAAAAAGCAUUAAUUGCUGGGAGCCAUGAUUCAGUCCAGCAAUAUGGAAAUCCAUUUUGUGCCUAUCUCAUCAGUUGUUGCAGAGUUUUCCUAAUGAAUUGUGAUGUGAGAUUCUGCUGGGAAAUGUGUUUGUCUCUCUCCCCCCACCCCUGCCCCCACUUGCAGGUUCAGUGUGCUCACUGUUGUGACAUAGAUCCUCCAUUAACUAAAUGUUUUCAUUAAGGUAGUGCCACGACACAUCACGGGCGCAUCUCUUUCCUCUUCGAUAUCUGGAAUAGCCGUAAUCAUUACUCCACAUGCAGUUUUAAUUAUUAGGAUUUACCAAACGGACUAAGUGGCUAAUGCUCAUUGUUUUAAAAGUCCCUCUUAACUAUUCAAUCAGAUUAAAUGUGUCAUCCAUUUCCAAUCAAGGUGGUAUGCAUAUAUCCCACAGGAAAGGGAAAAUGCAGCACACUCUGAUCUAAUGACUUUUACAUAAAGGUUGCCUUAAUGCUUUACAUUUUGCAACACAGAAACUGAUCUUAAUUCCCACUGAAGUCAGUGGUAAGUUUCUCAUAAAAUUGAGGAGAGGAGCAGAAACCACACCUUCUUCCUGGCUAAUAGUGAUAAUUGACUAUAAG